AUGGAGUCAAUCACGAAGAGAUUCUACACCAAUCUCUCGCUCGUCAACAUUCUUGUCAAACCCGUUCUUCCCACUGGAGAAAUACCACCACGGAUUCUACCUACUGAAAUACGCGCCGCAAUCCAGACCAUGAAGGCAGCCACGGCUUCGAGACCGGACCAUGUUUCGGCCGACCUCUUACCUGAUGGACAUCGCCUACACGAAAUACUUGCGGAACAUCUAACGUCCUACCUUCUAAAGGAAAGGAUCCCCGACCGAACAUUCCUUCUUCAUAAGAAGGGCGAUAGGGAGGAUCUUUGUCCAAUAUGUCUGCUGAGCGUCUUCUACAAGCUUUUUAUGAGGAUAAUUCCCGCUCGCAUCAGGACACUGGAUGAAGCUCAACCUGUAAAACAAGCUGGAUUUUGCCAGGGAUUCAGCUGCUGGAUUCCUCGCGAAGCAAAACGUGCUCGAGGAAGGCCACCGACCAGAUGGGCUGACGUGUUCGUUGCACGGAUGAACCAGCUGAAUUCUCAACAGGUAACGAGUAGUGGACCUGGACCUCGCGAACGUCGCCGCCGCACUUUAAUACAACAUUGUGGAUGGCGCUAG